UUCCUCUGCCGGGGAGCCUUGCAGCAACCGCGGGGUGAGCCCGGGCUGUGGCGAGUGCCGUGGACCCGCCGCGAAGAUGGCGGUCUCCACCACCGUCUCAAAGCGGAUCACGCGCAAGGUGCCCCGAGCCUUCCUCAGGCGCACCUUCAAGCAGAAGAAGCCGCACCUUCGUUGCGACCUCCUGAUUCAUUUGAAUUGCUUACUCUUUGUUCAUCGAUUGGCAAAAGAGUCCAGGAUAAAUGCUUGUGAGAGUAAAUCUAGAGUUAUCAAAAAGGAUCAUAUACUGGCUGCAGCAAAGGUAAUUCUGAAGAAGAGCAGAGGUUAGAAGUCAACACUUGUUUAAGAAUUAUAUGAUGUGUUAAUUUAAGUGGCAACAGAUCAUAAGACAUUUUGUAUAUAUUAGUUUAUAUGGUGGAUUAUUAAAACAUUGACUGUAUGAACAACGUGUGCAUUUUACUUUUUUUCUAAGGAAUUAUGUUUUAUUCAUUGUAAAUGGCUUCUUAAUUUUCUUCUGUGUCUGCUGUUGUGCUUAGUAUAUCCAAAAUAAAAUCAUACUGUAUUAAAUAGAUUAAAGAGAUAUACUCCUUAAACUUAAGCUUGUGUCUUUGGAUUUAGCCAGAAUUAUUCAGUGAGUUUAAUUUCUGAGAGAAAGCAGUAUACAUUAAAAUCUAGAUACAUUUUAAGUAUGUUAAUUUUUGAUAUAUUUACAAAGCAUUUCUGUCUAAUUUUGUGUUACACUAUAGUAACAGUAAAUUUUCUCAACUAGAAGAUUGUAAGCACUAAACAAAGUUUUUACAAACCUGUUUCCUUCUAUAAACCACAAACAAAAAGUUCUAAAACAAGCUGACCUACUUUCUUCAAAUCAUGGACUUUAGUAGAUAAGAUAUUUCCCCACAGCAGUCAUUUAGAAGCUUAUUGUUUAUUAUUCAAUAUUUACUUGUAAAUUUUUAUUCUGAGAUAAUUACAGAUUGGAUACAAAGUUACAAAGCUAAUAUAAACAUACACUCUACACUAGACACCCAGUUUCUACAGUGGUUACAUCUAACAUAGUGUAAUAUAACAGAAGCAUUCCUGCUUUUGGUAAUUGGUAUAUAUGUAGUUCCAUGUUAUUUUAUCAUAUGUACAGAUUCAUGUAAUUGCUACAGCCAGUAUAUAGAACUACUUCAGUACCACAGAGGUCUUCUUGAUCCAGUUACCGUGUCCUAUACUUGCUGUGGGAUGUUCUGUAUGACAAAUGUGUUACUGAUUAGUCAAUAAAUAAAACACUGAUUGGUCAUUGGCUAGGCAGGAAGUAUAGGCGGGACAAGGAGGAGAAUAAAGCUGGGAAGUGGAAGGCUGAGUUAGAGAGACACUGCCAGCUGCCACGAUGAGAAACAGCAUGUGAAGAUGCCGGUAAGCCACGAGCCAUGUGGCAAGGUAUAGAUUAAUGGAAAUGGAUUAAUUUAAGUUGUAAGAACAGUUAGCAAGAAGCCUGCCACGGCCAGACAGUUUGUAACCAAUAUAAGUCUCUAUGUUUACUUGGUCGGGUCUGAGCGCCUGUGGGACUGGCAGGUGAGAGAGAUUUGCCCUGACCGUGGGCCAGGCAGGAAAACUCUAGCUACACUUGUGCUCUCCUUUAGGCACCAGACUACCUAAAGAGGGCCUCCAAGAAAUUGGAAUUCCUCAGGAAUCUUAAUCUGGGAGAAGGAAAAGGCCUGGUGCUAGCUAGAAGUGGGACUGAGAUGUCACACAAUUCUGACAACUGGCAACCCAUGAAACAGACUGGAGUUGAGACAAUGAUGGGCUGGUGAUGGGCAGGACCACACCUUGACCUGGACUGCAUGAUUCAUACUUCUUGCCCUCUAUUUAAACAUAAAACUUAGGAUUGGGCAUGGUGGUGCACACCUUUAAUUCCAGCACUUGGGAGUCAGAAGCAGGUGUAGAUCUCUGCAGUUGAAGCCAGCCUGGUCUACAGAGCAAGUUCCAGGACAGCCAGAGCUACACAGAGAAAUCUUGUUUUUGAAGAAAAGAAGAAGAGAAAGAGGAAGAGGAAGAGGAAAAAGAAGAAGAAGGAGGAGGAGGAGGAGGAGGAGGAGGGAAGGGGGGAGGGGGAAGAGAAGGGGAGGAAGAGGAGGAGGAGAAACAAAACAAAUAAACAUAAACCUCAUGUCAGGACCCUGAAGAUGGGCUUGGGGGAGGGGGUUCACUGGGUUACUUUAUUUGUUUCUCUACUUGGUGUAGCCACAAUGCAGAAUCUUCUUUCUCUGCUCUUCAGUUCCUUGUCUCUUUAAUUGUCCCCUUGGGAACUGAUACAGAGUCUAGUGUGUUGGGACUGCGCCUUCCCAGGCUAUGACCCUAACCACUCGAGUAACAUGCUCUGCCAUUAGGUGGUCAUGUGACUUUCAUUAUUCUACUUUGCUGCUUAGAGGCAUUUGACUUUCACCAACUUGCUCGGCUAGCCCUGACAAUUUGCUUUUUCAUCUGAAAAUCGAGACCAAGCGAUUCACUUCACAGGCCUGUCUGGGAAGAUAAGCUUACAAAUCACCUAGUAAAAAUGCCAGGCAGAGAGAAGGCGCCGGCCAAUGACCAGUGCUCUCCCCUGACACCUAAGAAGCAGACCGCUCUCACAAAUGAGAGAAUGCGGACUCACACAGGCAAGAGAAUAUCCCCAACUCCACAAGGGAGUGUACCUGCCUUGUGCGGACAUGAGAGGAUGAAGUAAGAUUUAUAAAAUAGCUAAACUGGGCCAGGCAUGUAGAGUAAUAGCCUUUUUAAAAAAGGUUGAUUUAUUUUUAUUUCAUGUGUAUGAAUACUUUGCCUGCAUGUAUGUCUUUGUCACAUGCAUGCCUUGUGUCGAGGAAGACCAGAAGUGGAUGUUAGACUCCCUGGAACCAGAGUUACAGAUAGUGUAGGUGCUGGGAACUGAACCUUGGUUGUCUGGAAGAGCAGCCAAUGCUCUUAACUGUUGAUCCAUCUCUAUAGCUCCACUUAGAGCCUUUUAAAUCAAGCUGUUGGGCUUGGGAUGCCACCCAACUAAUAGAGUACUUGCCUAGCAUAUACAAAGCCCUAGAUACGAUCCCAGCACCACGUAAACCAGACAAGGUGGCUCAUGCCUGCAAUCCCAGCCCUCAGGAGGUGGAGGAUGGAGGGUCAGAAGUUUAGGGUCAUUCUCUGCUUCAUAGCAGGUGCAAGGCCAGCCCAGGGCUACAUAAGACCAUAUCAGAGAAAAACAAACUAAGAUAACCAAAUACUAAAGCUGUGUAAGGGCAAGCAAUAAUUUCUGUCUUUGUAUUCGCUGGUAUAUUUCACAUAUAUGGAAUAAUGUCUGCUGUCUCAUGGAAACACAUAUUUUUGGUAAAAUAAAUACUCAUUUCCUAUCUUCAUCUCCAGUAUUUCAUUUACCAUGGCCUAAUAUUAAGAGAAGUUUGCUUUCCAAACACCUUCCUAUCUUAUAUGUAUACUGAGCUUAAUUUCAUCAAGAAAUAAAAUUAAUUUCAUACAAGAACUUUUUCAGGCACACUUAGACAUGGCUCCUGUCCAAUGUACUGACAGACUCAUUCAAAGGCAAAUGCAAAAAAUCCAUCCAGAUUAAAACAAGAAAUCUCAGGAGGGAUGUGACUAAGCCUAUACAGGAAGGGGCUGGGAGGAAAUUGGGUUUGUUUAGCGUCAUUUAAAAUGACAUCUUUGCAUGGACAACAGAAGGAUCUAGAAAUAAAUGUCAUGUUGGGACAUAGCAGGUGGGGAGGCAGAAAGGAGGAAGGACAAGAAAAUUGGACACAGUGGGGACAGAGCUGCAGCUGCCACAAAGCAGAUACUGUGGCGCAGGCUGGCACAGGGACAGAGCUAGGCUGUCAGAACACUAGCUAAUGGCGGGCAGAACAAAUGGGCAUCAAGUUGGUGCCAGUGAUGGCAGGGAGUGAAGAAGAAGGUGAAUGGAAGCUGAGGGGCAGUUUACAAAGUGUGUGUGUGUGUGUGUGAGAGAGAGAGAGAGAGAAAGAGAGAGAGAGAGAGAGAGAGAGAGAGAGAGAGAGAGAGAGAGAGAGAGAUAGGUACACAUGGAGACCAGAAAUCAAUAUCAGGUGUCUUUUUCUGUCACUCUCCACUUAAUUCUUAAUUUUUUGAGACAGGAUUUCUCACUGAUUCUGCUAGGUAGGUGGACCAGAGAGCCUCUGAGAUUCUCCAGUCUCUAUCUCCCUAACAUUCAGAAUACAGGUUCAUGACACUUCAUCUUACUUAAAAAUGCAAACAAGCAAAAAUACUUUGUAUGUUUUGGGAAUUCAAACUCAGGUCCAUAGACUUGCAUGGAAAGUAGGAAUUUAACUUUAGAUAGGUGAGCACGCUCUCAGCCCUGUUCACACAACCAUGCACACUCAUCUGCAAUGGCAUAUCUUGCUGUGUGCUCAGUGGUGCAGGGCAUGGCACCUGGGCCUUCAUCACUAUGAAGCACUGUUGUGGAAUACUUGUUUAUACUGUGUGAAGAUGCGUCACUGAGGUUGGUUUAAUAAAGAGCUGAAUGGCCAAUAGCCAGGCAGGAAAGAUAGGCGGGAUUUCCAGGGAGAGAGAAGAACUGGAGAUGAAUCUAGGUGCGUGGAUUAUGAGAGAGACACCCAUGAGACCCUGAAGAAGUAGGACAUAUGGUACAGAGCAGAGGUAACCGAGCUAUGUGGCAGCAUGUAGAUGAAUAGAAGCAAGUUAAUUUGAGUUAUUAGACCUAACUGGGGACAAGCCUAGGCUAAAGACCAAACUUUCAUAAUUAGUAGUAAGUCUUCAAGUCAUUAUCUGUAGGCUGGUGGCCCUAAGACAGCCUGACAAGAAAGCUUGCUACAAUGCACAUGAACAAUUUACAGAGUAUGCUCUUCUUACUUCAUCAGCAUGCUAAUUCCCCUAGAUACCUUAGAGGAACAAAGAAGUCCUAGGUUAUGACACCGGUGAGAUGCCCAACUCCAGGCAGCCUCUAAGGACCCUAGGCCCCUCAGGAAGGAUGCAUAGUGUCAGUAACAGGACCCACUGAGGAAAAGAUCUGUUGUGUAGAUGAAUGAAGAGGGGUGUGUCAAGUCUAGAGAGAAGAGCAAGGAAAGACCACUGUCAUGAGCUCAGCACGGGACAGUACAUGAUUGGUGAGAACCUUCAGCCAGUCAAAAGUUAAAAGAAAAUGAAGCAUGUGUAUAACUGUCUAAACUAAGGCCUGCCUGGUGGAAGAGCCUCUCUUAGCUCCAUUAGCUACAUUUGUAUAUUCAUUUAGGAAGGAAACUUGCAGUGUCUGGAUCAAAGAGUAGACCACUGGUCACAGCACUUGGUUCAGCUGCUCCGGGUUCCCAUUUCGUGUGCACCUGUAAGAUACUGUGGUGGUUCAUACGGACUGUCACCCAGACAGGAUCUAGUCUCACCUAACAGACAAGCCUCUGAGCAUGCCUGUGAGGGAGUUAAUUGAGGUAGGAAAACCUACCCUAAUUGUGGGUGGCAUUAUGCCAUGGGCUAGGGUCCUGAGCUGAAUAAAAAGGAGAAAGUGAGCUGAGCACCAGUGUUCAUCUCUGCUUCCUGAUUGCAGAUGCACUGUGCUUCUGUCACCAUGCCUUCGGGACCAUGCACUUGAGCCAAACAAACCCUUCCUUGAGUGGCUUUUGAUAGGUAUUUUAUCAUAGCACUGAUACAAGGAACUAACACAGGGGCUCACCCAGGGGAGGAGCUCACACUUGAGACCCUAAGUUUAUGCAGGCAACUAUCACCUUCAGUCCCCCACCCUUUCCUGUAUGGAACAGAGGGAAGCAAGGGUGAGAGAGAUGAACAGUAGGUCUCUAUCUUCCAGGAUCCUGGCCAUUAAGUCUUGCUUUAGUCCAGGAUGCCGGGAUCCCCCACUAAGGUGAUUGAGCAGGAAUGUUAAGACAUAAAUGGAAAGGGAUUUCCUAGCAAGAAAGGGCUGGCAUGUUUGAAUAGUUGACGUUAUAUUGAUUUUUCUGUGCUCACACCUUUCUUGAAAUAGCUCAGUUCCUGUUGUGUGUGUACCACCUCGACUCUCCCACACUUGAUUUUCUUUGCCAUCCUCUGCUUGUUCUUACAAGGGGCCCGAGUCUCUGCAAAGGCCCUUCCUGGAAUUCCAAGGGCCUAGGGGGUGCCAAAGAAAUCAUUCCAUUUUUCUAUCUCCCAAAUCCUUGUCUGAUGUAUGCUCUGCUAAUUUUAACAGACAAUGCCCUUCCUGAGUGUGGAGAUAGGUGGUGUCUUUCCAUUCUGAGGAAGAAUAAACUAAAAUCCUGAAGAGGUAAAUAGAUCCACCCAGAACCAGAUUUAGAACUGUUGAAAGGAACAUGUGUAGACUUUGGUUCAGCUAUGCAUAGAAGCAUGGGUCUCCCUCUUAGGACUACCCUCCAACAGGGAUGCAAGACCAGGAAGAAAAUCUGAGACGUGAGGGUUCAGCAGCAGCAGCAGCAGCAGCAGCAGCAGCAGCAGCAGCAGCAGCAGGAUAAAGUAAUUGGGAGUAAUAUUCCCCAUGGUUUCUUUUCAUACUGUCAUUUUAGGGACACAGUGCUGAGGAAUGGUGUGAAAAUUUAAUGGAGCAACUGGGACUAUUAUCAAAGAAUCAGUAGGCAGUGUGGAUUAUGCACAACUCCAGCAUUCCUGAAUGUGAUUUCAUCUUGAUGGGUCGGAAGGCACUCAUGGCUGGAGAGAUGGCUCAGUGGUAAAGCACCAGUUGUAUAAGCAGGAGAACCUGAGUCUGGAUCCUCAGCACUCAUGUCAAAGCUGGGUGUGGGAGUACACAUCUAUAACAUCAGCACUGGGAGGUGGCCACAGGAAGAGCCACAGAAUUUGCUGGCAACAAGCCUAGGUGAAAGACCCUGUCUCCAAAAGUACAGUGGAAAGCAAUUGAGGAAGACACCCGAAGUCAACCUCUGGGCUCCGUUUGCACAUGCAUUAAGUGUGUGCCUGUAUUCAUAUGUGUAUAUACCACAUGCACAUACCCAUACACCACAUAACCACACACAUUCACACACACAUACUACAAUAUACACAUACACAUACAUCAUAUGCCACAUACUUUCACACACAUGCAUAUGUCACACAUAUACACACACACCAAUAUACACAUACACACAUACAUCACAUGCACAUAUACUCACACACACAUGCAUAUAUCACACACAGAGAGAGACCAUACACACACAGACCACACAUACCAUUAAUAUACAUACACAUAUAUGUGUGUGUGCCUCCUCUCAUGCCUCCUGCAAGUCCCAACAGAACACUGUUGUUGUGAACACUAUUAUUAUUGUACAGCAAGAGCCAGGGAAAACAAAUUCCCAUUUUGUAGCUGGUUUGUUAUCACCUGGACAGAUGAGGUCAUGAACUGCAACAUUUAAAUACUGACAAGACACAAGAAAACAUUGUUUUAAAUUUCUAUAGGGAAAAGAAAUAUUUCUAAUGGUAGCUGAUUUUAAAAUGAUCUUCACUCUGACCAGGUUUCCUCUUACAAAAAUGAAGCCUCGGUCCUUCUAUAGGCUGCUGUGGGAUGUUCUGUAUAUUGUGAAUGUGUUGCUCUGAUUGGCUGAUAAAUAAAAAGCUGAUUGGCCAGUAGCCAGGCAGGAUAAACAGACAAAGAGAAUUCUGGGAAGAGGAAGGCUGAGUCAGGGAGCAGCAUGUAACAGUACACAGGUAAAGCCACAGAACACAUGGCAACAUAUAGAUUAACAGAAAUGGGCUGAGUUUAAAUGUAAGAGGUAGUCAGUGGUAGGCCUGAGCUAAUGGCUGAGCAGUUUUAAUUAAUAUAAGCUUCUGAGUGAUUAUUUUAUAAACAGCUGUGGGGUCUGCGGGGCUGGGCAGGACCAGAGAAAACUUCAGCUACAAUAGGCCACAGAGGUAACUACUGACAUUUGUGUUCACAGCAAUACCAUCAGUAGGGGACAUGGUCUCAAGGGUGCCUGAAGUAGACAGAUAAUUCUGGAAAUCGGUACAUCUAUGUACACUUAUAAGAGGAUGUAUGCUUGAGUGUGGCAUGCUUGUGUUGGUGUGUGUGUGUGUGUGUGUGUGUGUGUGUGUGUGUGUGUGCAUCUGGAGGUCAGAGGACACCUUCAAGUGUCGUUCCUUAGGCACCAACCACCUUUUUCCUUUGAAACAGGGUCUCUCACUGGCCAGGACUUUGCCAAGCAGGCUAGGCCAGCAAGCUCAGCCCCACCUGGCCAAGCAAGCUAGGCCAGCAAGCUCAGCCCCACCUGGCUAAGCUUGUGCCAGCAUACCUUUCUUUAACAUAGACUGGGGCUUGAACUCAGGUCCUCAUGACUGUGGCAAAUACUUUUUCAACUGAGCUAUCUCCCUAGCUCAGGAAUGAAUACAUUUGACAAAUAACAUGGGCCAGUUAAAUAGGGUAGGAUAAAAGCAAAAAGUGUCAUAUAGGCUGUUGUGAGAAACUACCCAGAGCUGCAGUUGGGGCUGUAAUUAGUCAAGGUCCUACCAAAUUAGGCUCUGCAACCAAGACUAACCACCUGGGAAUACUUUAGAAUGACACAGAAUGACAUCGAGGUGUCAGGUUUGUAAGACUGUAAUGUGAGACUCCAGCGGCUGCUCAGGCCAUAAUACCUUGCAGGAGUCCUUCUCUUCUCACAGAUACCCAGGUGCUGACUGAGACAGUGUCGGUGAGUCCCCAGCUAACAGACUUCAAGUUCCAGGGUUUCUCACCUGCAGAGGAAGUUUAAAUCUAAGGAACUAUUAGUGGCUGUACAUCCUGGUCCAUACCCACUUCCCAGACUCCUGCCUGGCUUGCGCUGUGGACCUUCUCCUCAUCCUCAGAAAGUAUAAACCCCACUUCUGCCACAAGAGCCUAGGUUUCCCCUCUUCAGAGGCCCAGCCAUGCUGUCUGACUCUGGUUGUGGCCUGAACUUUCUUCAGAGCCCCGAUAUUGCUGCUGUCUAUCUGUCUGUCCAUGUCAUUAAUAACUCUUCUAAUAAACUCCACACCCUCAAGAAACCACCCCAGUGUCAGCCUUCUGUGACUGAUCAAGUACAUAAUGUGACAGCCAUUGUUUUAAAUAAUCCUUCCACCCACAAGGCAUCUGGACACUGAGGACACAAAGGUAGAGAGUACCUUGCCUGAGCUGCACACUCAGAACGUGCCGUGGAUGACAGAGCCACAGGUGUCCCCUCUGCUGGCUCCUAGACUUGGUCUUUAGCUGCUCUCCUCAAAUGUCCUUACGCUUAAUCUUCAGGGACCAGCUUCCCCACAAAACCUUGCUUCCAGCCUUCCUUCGAGUUCAUGCUCCUCGGGCUGACUCCCACAAUGUCACCAGCACCUCGACCUUGCAUUGCUAACUGGUGUGUGAGUAAUUUCCAUUUACAGGUGUUCCCUCGUGAGCCUGCUCCACCCUUUACUUCCACAGCCGGAGGCAUCGUCUGGUCCCAUGGGGAAUGCCUGGGACUGGCGUUAAUAGCAGCUGCCAAUGCUGUGAACAUGUUCCCUGAGCACUGGCGGCAGACGGUCAUGUCACCCUCCCUCGCUGGAGCUCCCUCUCCUGUGAUACCGAGUCCUGACACCCACAGGAGACAUGAGUGGGGCCUCCUGACAGGGACACUUUUUAGUCUCUGCCUUCUCAAGCUUCCAUGCCUGACCUAAGAUGGGGACACGGAACAAUAAACAAAGAGACUGGGAUGCUCAGCCUCCAACUUAGUGUGUUUAUCACUUUUGUCGUUAUUGUGACCUGAUAUGGGUCAAAAGCAACUUAAGAAAAGGUUUAUUUUGACUCAAGCUUUCAAAGGAUCCAGUCCAUCAUGGCAGGAAGGGUGUGGCAGUUAUGUGCCUGGUGGUAGGACCAUGGGAUGGGGGAGGGGCUUGUUGUCAUGGCAGCAGGCAGGAGGAACAGAAUAACUUUCUCUGUUGACCUGUUUCCACCAACUCCACCCUCAACCCCAUUAUAAAGGACUCACAGCUGUAAAAGUACCACAAGUGGGGAACUGAGUAUUAAAAACAUUCAAACCCCAGCAUGUAACAAAUGUGUAACAUGAAUUGCUAAAUGGUCUUUUUAUAAAAAGCACGGAGCCAGAUAUUGGGGUAAAUGCUGAAAGAUUAGAGAGACAAAGGAACAAGCCACAGGCACCUCCUACCUCUAGGACUCCUAAGCCUGAAAAAGCCUCUAGUUCCUGUCUCUUCACACCUUAUAUACCUUUCUCCACCCACCAUAUUACUUACUUCCUAUUGCUGGGAUUGAAGGUGUGUGUCUUCCCACAUACUGGGAUUAAAGGUGUGAGAUCUCAAGUGCUGGGAUUAAAGGUAUGUGCCAUCACUGCCUGGCUGUUUCUCUCCUAGACUGAGUCAAACUUAUAUAAUCCCGGGUAGCUUUGAACUCACAGAGAUCCAGACGGAUCUCUGCCUCCUGAGUGCUAGGAUUAAAGGUGUGUGUGCCAACACUGCCUGGCCUCUAUGUCUAAUCUAGUGGUUUGUUCUGUCCUCUGAUCUUCAGGCAACAUUUAUUAGGGUACACAACAUAUCAUCACACAAAUGACAUAAAAUUACUUUGAACUUUUCACACCUGAGAUCGCAUCUGUUUGCCUGUAAUGUUACCAAUUCCAGGGCUGUGCUGUAAUAUUGAUUCUGUCAUUGCUGGAAUAAAAUGGCCCAAGCCUGGUUCAGGUGCACGUAGGAGAUGGAAUUGGGUCUUUUCCUUUCUGUGCACACUGUGUCCUUCUCUGUGUGUGCUCUUUAUUUUCUGCUCCCAAAUAGGACGCCUUUCUCCUCAACUUGUAUGUGAAACUCAGGAGGUGAGUUUGGCUCUGUGUGGAAUACCAGCACAAAUUCUUGUGCAUUAUGGACCAUGGGGGAUAAGCACAUGGGACCCGCCCUUUCCAUGGUAUGGGCAACAGCUCCCGACACUGGCCAGUGCCUGCAGAUCUCUCAGAUUUCUCAGCUUUCUGCAUCAGGAGUGACAACAAUGUGAGAUUUGUCUUUAAGGGCAGGUCACUUGGAAGGAAGAAAACUUAGGUGUCUCCAUCUCCUACUAUCCCUGCAUAUUUUCCUCAGAGAACUUCAGAGCGUUCUGUCUGCCCGGGGCUCCCACAGAACAGCUGCUAAAGUCAUCCUUCUCCUGUCCACCCCGACCACUGUCCCCCCCACCCCGACACACACAAAAACUCACGCAAGAGGUCCCCACGGCAUCCAUACCUGACCCUGCCACUGAGCUCUGCUUCACCCACCCCUGACCAGCCUGGUCCUAGUCACCAAACACACAGGAUCAAAAGCUGUGGAAAAUGGGGGACCAGCAAAGCAGGUGGGCUGCCAGUCACAGCAGGGACCCCCAAACCACAGAGGCCUUUCACAACUGGUCACUGCAGAGUGGGUGGGAACAAGCUCAGAUCCAGCACUUAGGGUCACAAUGUCCCCAUCUGCAAUACAACAGACCUGGUACCAAGUUGGUAAGGAGCCCACAGAGGAGAGCUUUUGUUGUGCAACUUGAGUCAGAGGCAAGGGCUCUGCUCCAAACCAAUGGCCAGGGUUGAGUGACAGCCCCUGAGCGGGGGACAGAGUAAGGCAAACACUCACAACCAGCAGGCUAGACUCUCCAGGUUCUCCAGCUCUUCUAGGAAGCCUUAGAUAAACAAUGGCUGGUGAGCUCAGGUUUCCAGCCACAACUUAGACAUGGAGAUGAAAUCAUGAGUUUAUACACAGGAAACUGGCUUGUACUCACACUACCAUAGUAUAGAUGCACAUAUAAUUUAUAGCUAACGGAAGUAAAAUUGUGGGAAACUGCCCCAAUCUCAGCUGAUUUCUUCACCUAGGGCUAGAUAUUUUAUUUAUUCACACAAGUUAAGUGAUAACGUCUCAAUGACAUUUCAAGGUCUGUGUACCUUGAAAAAACAUGAUGCUCAACCCAAGGGAACAGUUUAGAAGGUGACAAGGACCAUACAGAAAGCAAGCUUUCCUACCCGUUAGUCACUCAACAGCAUCCUGAAGAUAUGAAAUGGGAAAUUCCAGAAAGGAACAAUUGGUAAGCUGUAAAUGGCUUUAACUGUGAUGUGCUGCCUGAUUAUUGUGCCGCCGGGUAUUGCUGAAUCUCUUGUUGGGCCUCGUUUAGAAAUCGGACUUUUUCAUCACCGUGAAAGGUGGAAAGCACAGGGCAGGCAGAAUUCUGUACCGUGUGGGGUGGGGUACCCACUCAGGUCUCAGAACAUACCCACCAUGGAUAUGGCACCUAGCAAGCACUUGCCAUCUUGAAGACUUACUUUUAAUUGUGAGUCGGUGUGAGUGUAUGGCAUGUGUGCUGGCAGGUCUAGAAGUGUGUCAGACCCCCUGGAGCUGGAAUUGCAGGUGGUUGUGAACCUCCUGAAGCAAGAGCCGGGAACUGAACUUGGCUCCUUGGGAAGAGCAGAGAGAACUAACUCUUAACCUCUAAGUCGUUUCUCCAGUCUCAUGUUAGUUAUCGCAUCUGUUUAAACAGAGCGCAGCAUGGAAAUCAUGUCACUGAGAUAACAUGAAGAGUAUCUAGUCCUCAGGCCAGCCUGUUUUCUCUGUAGUUGUCCUCGGUGUGUGAGGGGGGUGGGGAUGGGGGUAGGGGUGGGGUCCCUUUGCGGUUUCUGUUGGGAUAUCAGCUACACUGACUGCUGUUCUGUAAAUUCUUUUUAAAAUCAUGAAUUACUUCUUUUAUCUUAUGUAUGCUUGAGUGUGUGUGUGCACGUGCGUGUACCGGGUGUGUGUGUGUGUGUGUGUGUGUGUGUGUGUGUGUGUGUGUGUGUGUGUGCGCAGAGGCCAGAAUAAGUGAUGAAUCUCCUGGAACUGAGGUUACAGGUGGUUGUGAUAUGCCCUGUGGGCGCUGGGAACCAAACCUGGAUCCUCUCAAGGGCAGUACGUGCUCUUAACCACUGACCCUUCACUCCAGGCCUGUUCUGCGUGUUCUUGAGCCAGCAGAUAAUGUGGAUCCAUAAACCACUCAGCUGACCAAGAACAGUCUACCAAUGGAGGAAAUCCAGUCUGGCCACUGGUCAGAAUUCCUACGGAUAUAACGUCGUCAGCUUGAGAGAGUCCUGCUCUUGGGCUUACUGUGGAUACAACAUGGCGCUGUUGUCUGAACCGGAAAUGUCACCACAGGGGGUUGUGGUUGAGCACUUCUCCCCUGCUGGUGGUGCUGUUCCGGAAGAACCUCCAGGGAGUGGAGCUUCACUGAAGAGUGGGUCACUAGUGCUUUGGGGUUCUAUAGCCCAGCCCCACUUCUUGUCUUCUCUGCUUACUGAUCUGUUAAGAUGUGAGGAGACCUGCUCGCACAUUUCUGUCACCAUGAUCUCUGACACUACUUCUUCACCAUGAUGGUUUGUGUGUCCCCCUCAAACCACAAACCAGAACGCUUGCUUCUCAGAUAUUGUAUUACAGCAAGAGAAGAGUAACUGGUAAGCGGGAGAGUAACUGGGAGAGAGAUGGUCAUGUCUCUGGAGAAUGGGACAGUUUCCCCUUCUUGGUGUAAAAUGAGUAGCCACUGUAUUCCUGGGGCAUGUGGCUCAGAUGCCCAGGGCAUGGUGUUGGUAUUGUAGGCUCUUCUAUGGAACCAAGACAUGCCACAGUACGGUGAAGUGGCCUGAGUGGUCUCAACAGUUACUAUUGCACCUUGACACUCUGAAUUCUUUUUUUUUUUUUUUUAACUUAUGCACCUAAAACUAUUGCAUGGCAAAUUUUACUAACACAGAACCUGAGGACUGUGGUGUAGCAUCUUUCCUUUGUUUUCUGUGAGUUGGGAAAUCAGAAAAUGAUUUUGUUAGAAGUGAGGGUGAAGUGAGGUUUUCUGGCCAAGGUUUUAUUUGAAGAGAUUCUAUUUAUUUCUGGGCCCCUUUCAUUUUAGAAAGCUGAGGUUGCAGGCCCAGAAGGACAGUGUAACAGUUAAACAUACCCUUUGCAAAGGGCCUGAGUUUAGUUCCCCGAGCCCACUUUGGGUGGCUCACAAACUGCCUGUAACUCCAGCUCCAGGGGAUCAGAUGCUCUCUUCUGGCCUCUGUGAGCCCCUACACACACACACACACACACACACACACACACACACACACACACACACACACACAUACACACACACACACACACACAAUCUAAAAAGAAAAAAAUGAAAGCAGAAACUGCCUGCCAUUGUGUAGUAAAUGAAAUGGUAGGAGGCUGUCUUUAGCAAACAAUUUCAUAUCUUGCCUCACACAAAAAUUUGGAAGUAAUGAAUUUCCACCAAGCUGACUUAGAAACACAGCUCUGUGGUUGAGCCUAGGGUGUGAAAGAACCUGGGUUCAGAUUCCAAUAGCACAAAAAAGGGAAAAAAUGUUCCAUAAAGUAAAUCCUUUGAACAGAAGCAAAGAUUCCCAGAGCCAAAUAUUAGGUGGAGCUCAGGGAAUCCUGGGGAAGAGGGGGAGGAAGGAUUUUAGGAGCCAGUGGGAUCACAGGUACCACAGAAAAACCUAUAGAACCAACUAACCUGGGCUCAUAGGGCUCAUAAGGACUGAACUGACAACCAGGGAGCCUGCAUGGGACUGACCUAGGCCCUCUGCAUAUAUGUCAUAAUUGUGUAACUUGGUCUUCUUGUGGGACUCGUUAACUGUGGGAGCAGGGGCUGUCUCUGACUCUGCUGCCUGCUUGGGGGACCCUUUUCUCCAGCUGGAUUGCCUCAUCCAGCCUUAAUAGGAAAGGAGGUGCCUAGUCUCACUGCAACUUGAUACACCAUGGCUGACUGAUAACCGUAGGAGGCUUGCCCUUUUCUGAAGAUAAACAGAGGAGGAAGAAUGUAUGGGAUGGGGGUGGGCAGGGGACUGGGAGGAGAGGAGGGAGGGGAAAUGUUGGUUGGGAUGCAAAAACAAAAAAAUAAAUAAACAACAAAAACUGUAAAUCCUUUGGAAAAUUAUAAAUUAUUGUAGGAAAAACAAAAUGUACUAAAUGGGAAGGUUUACAAUGUCACUGGGCAUGUGCAAACAAAGGUUGAGGAAUACUGUGUCAUUUUAAUUUCAGCUACAUGUUCUUAAGAAACUUUUACCUUAAACACAACAGCCCAAAGGGAACACCUUCUUGAAUUAAGGAUGUGUUUAUCCCUUCUGUUCUCAGCUCCUCAGCACAGAACUCCUAGAACAAGGAAUCCCAGGGAAUGUACCCGUGGCAGGCCCAGGAUUCUAAGACACAGCUGUUCCUGUUCCCACCCCUCAGGGUGCACUUAUACUGGUGACAGUGACAUAUAUUUUUUGAGACAAAUAUCAGCAGUUAAUACCAAGAAGGCAGUGGACUCCUGAUAGCUUUAAAAGGCUGAAGGAGUUUUGCAUUGACUAUCCCAGUUCCUCUGUGGGUGACAUCACUCUGUAUGCUGUGAAUGUGUUGCUCUGAUUGGUUGAUAAAUAAAAUGCUGAUUGGCCGGCCAGUAGCCAGGCAGGAAGUAUAGGUGGGAUAAGCAGACAAGGAGAAUUCUGAAAAGAGGAAGGCUGAGUCAGGAGUCAUCAGCCAGACACAGAGGAAGCAAGAUAUGAAGGCAGAACUGAGAAAAGGUACCAAGCCACGUGACUAAACAUAAAUAAGAACUAUGUGUUAAGUGUAAGAGCUAGUCAGCAAUAAGCUUGAGCUAAUGGCCGUACAGUUUGUAAAUAAUAUAAGCCUCUGUGUGUUUACUUGAGUCUGAGCAGCUGAAGGACUGGUGGGUGAGAAAGAUUUGUCCUGACCACAGGCCAGGCAGGACACAGGAAAACUUCAGCUACAUUCCUUUUCAUUCUUCUAACUUCGAAACAUCGCCUUUCUAAUCGCCUGAAAGGUCCAUUGGGUCCAUGUCCGAAGGCAUAUGAUUUAUCCGUAUAAACAUACCUGCUUUUCAGAAAACGGUGACUGUAGCUUAGAAAUCCUAUCUUCUUGUCUUCCCAAAGUUGAACAGAAUUUGUCUGGUCAGAAAAGCCCCUGUUUUUCUCCUCUUGGCUUCUGCUCAAAUGCUUUCAGAUUUAUUGUAAGAUCUGAUUGCUGCAGAGAGACAUCCCAGUGUUAGAGUUUGAAUGUGCCGUGUCCCCCAAGGGUUAGUGUGCUGGAAGCCUUUUCCCUAUGUGCUGCUAUUCAGUGAUGGGACCUUUAAGAGGCAGAGCCUAGUGAGAGGUGGUUACGUCCUGGGGACACCGCUCUAAGGAGUGGCCAACGCUGUUGUUCUGGUGUUUGUUCUCAAGAGGGCAGGUCUCUCCCUCACUCAUGAUUGCCUCUGCAUCGACUGAGCCAGAUCCUCAGUCUAUGUGGCGACUUAGUACUGGCACCCUCUGUGUGGUUUCUUGUGGCCUAUGCUUUGGACUCCCACCCACAUCAAAGUUGAGAAGCUGUGGGAAUCAGUACUUUCCUCCCUACGGUAUUAAACGAAAAGACACUCAACCCAUGACCCACUGUCCCCGUGACUUACACCCUGACACCUCUCAGGACUCUGGCUACACCACACCACACAGUAAACUCUCUGUGCCCUUUGCAAGUUUAGCCAAGCCCAUGACACCUGCUGUCUCCUGUGAGAAGUCACUGCUCUGCCCUUACUCCUGUCUGUCUCUUGAGAGUAGCCCACCCUCUGAGAAGCCAGGCCAGCAUGGAAAAUACCUGCUCCUGAGCAGCUGGGGCCCAGUUUCAGAAACACUGGGAAGGUCAUGCUGACACUAGAGGUCACCAGAGAUGACCCAGUGCAGUGGCUUUUGUGUGUGUGACACCAACCCCCCUCUCUCCACACAAAAGAGCUUUUUUGCUUUGAGCUAAGAUGCAACUUUACGCCAUGAGCCAUGAGGAAGGGCUUUGUUCUGAGUCAGGGACACACUGUUGGAAGGAUAAGGCAGGAGUGGGCAGCAUGGAGCUUAGGUGGUAGGGAGAAAGCUGCCUAAUGUGAGGAGACCACACCCCACAGUCACAGAGUGUGUCCAGGUCAGCAUCAGGUGAGGGGAAUUACCUCUGGGUAUGACCCAUGGCAACAAGAUAGAGGCCUCGGUGAACAUCCGUCAUCACACAGGGUCUUCCUGAUUUUUCUUUUAAUAGCCCUUCCUGAUAUCCCAGACACACCAAUGCAUUGUUACUAUACAGUAUCUCUAAAGCAGUGCCUAUAUAGACAACGGACAUAGAGGAAAACUCCGGACAUAGAUUGCAACCUGCCAUGAUUUUAUUGAUUUCAGCUUCUAGAUGUAGACUUCUCUGAUUAACCUGACCUAAUCUGUUGGUUGGGGGCAUUUCACCGUGUUCUGGGCUUCCUUGUGAGGUGGGCAGAAGAGUGGUGUACUUUCCAGACCAAUACUUCACUCUCUCACAAAUUCUCUCCCUCACUGGUCAUCUGGUCCCACACCAUGGUA